CUUGGGAUUCUCUAAAGAAAUUAUUUGGAAGGGGAACCUAGUCUUGAAUAUGACUGCUUAGCCUUUGAAAAGCUUCCCAAUUAUCGGAGAAUUUAGACUUGCCAACACGUUUAAUACAGGGACUUUGUGAUGAUUUAGGCAAAUGAUGACAUAACAAUGAGCAGCUUGAAUCUCUGAGACAGAUUCUGUGGAAAAAUGGUGAGGAGUAGUACUCAGCAGUGUGAAGAGAAGAGACCUUUGAAGAAAGGGCCAUGGAGUCCUGAUGAGGAUCACAAGUUGAUAGCUUACAUUCAAAGAUAUGGUAUUUGGAAUUGGAGUCAGAUGCCUAAACCUGCCGGUCUGGCAAGGUCUGGGAAAAGUUGUAGACUUCGUUGGAUGAAUUACUUGAGGCCAGAUAUUAAGCGCGGAAACUUCAGCAAGGAAGAAGAGGAGACCAUAAUUAAGUUGCAACAGAAUAUGGGAAACAGAUGGUCUGUAAUUGCAGCAAAACUUCCUGGAAGAACUGACAAUGAAAUCAAGAAUUACUGGCACACCCACUUGAAAAGGCGCCUCAACAAUGACAAAGCCAAAAGCGGCGAGAAUACUUCAUCUGAAACUGAAACCUUUCUUCUUGAUAAGGAAGCUCCAAAGGCAUCACAGUUGGAAACUUCUAGAGAAAACUUCUCUUCAUCCAGUUCUGGUAUUGCUGAUGAAGUUUAUCACCAACCCCAGAUUCCAGAACAGCAGAGCAUCUGUGAAACAUUUGGUGAACUCCAAAGUUUGUGGACAGAUUCUCAAGUGACAUCAACAGCGGUGGAAAAUUCUGAGGCUAUGUUUACAGAUUCUGCUGGAUUUACAUUAUCAAGUGCUGCUGAUCAAGUGUGGCUGCAGCAAGAGCCCAUAUUCCAAUGUGGUUCCUAUAGUGAUGAUGCUCAUGUUCCCAUGAGUGACUAUUGGGUCAAUCUAUCAGUACAAUCUGAUGAAACAAAUGGAAUGUGAUGACACUCUC